AUGGACACUGAAAAUUACUUUGAAGUAACUUUUUUUUUUAUUUUCAUUAUGUUUCAGUUAUAAUAUUGCUGAACUUUGGCAUUUUUUUGAGCUAUAAAGCAGAGUGAAAGGACUUUCUUAGCUUUAAAGAAUAGGUUUUAUACGUUCAGGGCUUAGAAAUAGGAUUCAUUUGUUAAAUUAAACCUUUAAAAUUAAUAUUUACAGCAAGAGGAACGUUUAAUUUGGUCAAAUAACAAUGAAAAAGUUGAAGAACAGUUGGAGUCAUGCUUGGAAUUGCAAUUUAACUUUGGCCAAGAGUUGGCAGAACUGAGAGCAGAGUUGGAGAUAACGAAACAGAAGGAAGAUCGACUUUUAGAGGAAGUACAACGUGAAAUAGACACUGCUAUUGGCCCUGGAGGUACGAUUUCCUUUUUUUUAUUUUGUUUUUAGGUAAUCAACAUGAUUUUUUGGAGUGAUGUUCAGUUUUUGUUAUAUUGAACUAACUAAUGGUCGGAAAAACUUAAAAUUUGGCAUAACGUUCUUUUUAGACUGUUCAUUUUUUUCUUUAUGUAUUUUAGAUAAUUCUCUGUAUAGAUUUUUGAAAAUUCUAUAUUAACAUUGUCUAAAUAAGCUAUAAUUUUCAGGAGCCGAAAAGUUCUUAAAGUCGUUCGAUCAGUCGAUAGCACGAGUCUGCAGUCUAAACGAAUGUAUGAAAAGCGAUGCAAAACAAUUAAAUUCAAGUCUCCAUACAGUAUCAACAUUAGCCGAUAACAUCAGUAAGAAGGUGGCAGUGCUGGAUCAAGCUAAAGGUCGUGUAGUUGAAUGUCUUCAACUUGUUAAUGAUUUGAGGGAUUUGAGAACAUGUGCAGAGGGAGUUCAGAAAGCUAUGGUUGAGAAGGAUUACGAUGAAGCUGCUCAGAAUAUUCACAGGUUCUUGACUUUAGAUUCGGCCGUUUUUAGGGUUGGAGAUGUUGGAGCUAAAGGUAGGUUUUUGCGCCCAAAAUAGGCAUUUUUAGUUGGUUUAAAGUAUGUUUAUUGGGUAAAUAUGAAGCAAUAUAUAAAUUUGAGGCAUAGCUUGGCUAAUAUUUUGAAUUGAUUAAUAUUUUGAUUGAUUUUCAGAGCCAGGCCAGUCUUUGAAACACAGCUACGAAAUCCUUCGAACUGCCCAAACCGAGCUUAAAACCAUAAUUGAACAAAAGUUUGAUGAGUCUUUGUCCGCGGCCGAUGAAAAGUCAAUCCAACGAUACUUCAAGCUCUUCCCCAUGAUAAACGACCAUUCAACCGGUCUUCGAAAGUUCGGAAGUUACCUAAACAAGAAGAUUGGCCAAUCCGGCGAUGAAUUUUAUAAAUUGAUGCAAGCUGGUGGCACGGAUGAUAAAAGAAUCAAUGUUUUGUACGCUGAUACUCUCACUUUGUUGUUGGAGCACAUUGCCAGAUUAAUUGAAACAUAUCAACCAAUUAUCGACAAUUUCUAUGGACCUGACAAGUUGUUGGACUUGAUUGAGAUCAUUGAAGUUGAGGCUGAUAAACAGUCGAUUCGAAUCAUAUCCGCAUUCUUGAUGAAAAGACAGUUAGAUGAGAAGAUAAGGGUGGUCGAUGGGUACAUGAGAACUGCUGGGAAGUGUGCUGGUAUGUUUUAGUUUUUAAGUUUUUGGAAAUUGAUUUUUAGGCUUAAAACAUGAUUUUUAGGCUUAGGAUAGAAUCGUUGGCUUAGGUAUUAAUGAUUUUUUACAUUUUAGACAAAAUUGAACCCCGCGAUCUGGACGUUCUAUUGGCCGAAAUCACGAUUAUGCACACAAGAACGGAGCUUUACUGGAGAUUCCUAAAACGACGUCUGGGAGAAGCACAUCGUCCCUUAAGCGAAUCCGGCGAAGACGGACCUCCAUUAAGCCCUAAAGCCGUAGCCGACUCAGUAUUCAUGGACGAACUAUCCGAAGAAGAGUUAAAAGCAGCGGCUGAAAAGCAAAAACUGUUGAAAAAAGAACGAAACAAGAAGCUAGAUGCCCUCUUGAAUCGCUCCGAACUAAGCAUGAAAAUGCAAGAGAUACUGGGCAAGUACGUACUCUUGGAGCAGUACUAUAUGACGGAAUCCGUAAAGAAGGGCAUCGAGAUGGAGGAUGUGGAAGAAGGUGCAUUGACAACCUCACUACUGGACGACGUGUUCUUCAUCGUGAGGAAAAGCAUCAGAAGAUCUAUCACAUCGUCGUCGGUGGAUUGUGUUUGUGCCAUGUUGAACAAUGGGUGUACUUUACUGGAAACCGACUUUUUUGUUCACAUCAACAAGAUUAUCAAGGUAAUUUUUAAAAUUUUAGUCUAGCUGUAAUAUCUUAAGCUUAAAAGCCUAUUUAGGCCUAAAAAUAAAGUUCUAAGCCUGGAAGCUAAAUAUUAAAGUAAAAAAUCGAAUUAUUUUAAAAAAUUUUGUUUCAUAACGGCUACCCGAGUGUCGGAUUCGCGGCUGAAGCCUAUCAAACCGCCCAAACUGCCUACAACGUUUUACAGCACGGUAAAUCCGUAGCAGAAGCUGGCCCAGAAUCCCAGCGCACUGCUUUCCUUUUAGCCCUGAACAACAUGGCCGAAGCUGUAAAGUUCUUGUCAACACUAAAACAAGGCCUGAAAGACGAGUUUGAACGACAUUUGGGAGCAGUGUCGAAGAACGAGAAACACAAAUUGGACAAUUCUGUAGCACAACUUGACGAUCUUGGCAAGAAGUUCAGCCAAAGUGCUAGUAUUGGAAUAGGGAAGCUGGUGGAUUCGGCUUUUAAACCGAAAUUGAAGAGCAAGUAAGUCGUGUCUAAUGUAAAAAAAUUAAAAAUUUUUUAAUGCAAAUUUUUAUAAAAUUUUUUUUUUAUUUAAUGCCAUUUUCAGCGCGGAUGCCUAUCUGAACUUCAAUCACGAAAUCAGCGAUGAUGAGUUUGCCGAAUUCGAGGUCAACGACCCAUUUAUGGCCAAUUUCAUUGCUCAAUCGGACAAACUGAUAGCACCAUUCGAGAAAGUGUUGACUGAAGAGAAUUACAAUGUAAGUUAAAAGUGGUCAAAAAGUUUUUAGAAACAGACUUUUGUCGGUCUAAAAAUCUGUAGAAUUUAAGGUUUUUGGCCGAGAGAACAAAUAUUUUUUGAAAAUUCAGCUUACUACUUCAAUAUAGAUAAAAACGUUUCAAAAAACUGAAUUUCAGGAGCUACUGGGAGCAAUAAUGGCCGAAACCGGCCGCCGACUCGAAGCCGUCAUUCUACAACUCUAUUUCAACCGUAAUGGCGCCCUACAGCUGGACAGAGAAACCCGCUCCCUAACCGAGUACUUUACCAACAUUGCCGGCUGGUCGAUUCGCUCAAAAGCCGCCAGACUAGCCCAAAUCGUAGGCCUACUGAACCUCGACACACUGGACGAAGCCGUCGCUUAUUUCCACGAUUCGGCCGCUCAUCAAGGCCAAGCUCUAACGUCGGCCGAUUUGAAAAAGUUCCUGAAGCUGCGGUCGGACUUUUCGACCGAAAAAAUCAACCAAAUCAAAGUGUAG